CCUGGGAGUCGACCACCGGGCCCCGACACCGCGGCCUCGCCGACUCUUCCGGACGCCUGUCUCUGCCCGGCGCGCCGGCGGAAGAGACGAGAAGCCCCUUGUUUGGUCGCAGCAGGUUCCUAAAGAACGAGAAGAGCAUGGACGGGAUCCAGCGGGGCCGCGCGCAGGCAGGUGGGAACGGCCCCGCCGCACGCCCGGCCCAGGGGACCCCGCUGGCACAGCCGGCGCGCACACGGAGCAAGAUCGCAGCCCGAGGGUUGCAGAUGCGUUCGUCCAGCACUCACCUGGCUCCACACGUGUCCGAUGAGUCCUUCUCAGCCAGGCCCAGCCACGACCCGAAUGCAGGAGGCAGCAGGUAUCUCAAGAAAAGCUCUGCACCUGGUGAAGGAGUGACGCUACCUAACAGCUGGUCCAAGGGGAGAGAAAGCACCCGGCCCAUCGAACAGAAAGCACCACUUAAAGCCCGGUUUGAUUUGGACAGCGACGAGGAGGAGAUGAGAGCGUUAUUGGGGAGUUCUUUGGCGUUUUCCAGUGACAACGAGGAUCGGAAAGAUAGCACCCGUAAUGCUAAACAGUGUGAAAAGUCCUUCUUAAAGACUAAACUCAAGACUCCCCCUGGAACACCUCUUCUACCUCAUAGACCGUCUUCACGGACAAAUGUAUUUCGCGCACCUUCUCCCUGUACCGAAAGUUCUCCGGAACGGAAUCAUCAUGGAGCUCGCCCCCAGGUUCCCUCCUCAUCUGGCAGAAACCCACCCAGACCAAAACAGAUAUCCCUGUCUGAGAGUUGCGAAAUAAAGUCUUUGGAUGAAUUGUUUUCAAGAGCAGGCAGCACACAAAAUUCAAUCAGUGAAAGCUCUGAUGACUUCAGAGUGAAUAUUUUAAGCCUUGAUGAGUUGGCACCAAGUAUUUUAAGCAAGAGAGAAGACUUGCAACAAAAGAAGACAGACGUUACAAAGAUUAAAAGAUCAGACGAGGAAAAAGGAAUAACUGUGUUUCAGGCAAAUAGUGAUCAACCUCCCCUUGAAGUGAGGAGUGCAGGACUGCGUACAAAUAUUGAUUUUGACAGUGAUAUUGAAGAGGGAAUUGGAACUGAAGCUGAAAUCUCUGAGCAUUUAAGUGGAAGUUCUGAAAACCUCCCUAGCCUUCACCAGGAUGUUUUUGAACCUACUGAGAACACUGUUCAUUCAGAAUAUUCUGAAAACUUUGAAAAAUCUGUUUCUGCAGUAGUAUCUGGGACAACAAACAGGAGGUCUCCAUCUGAAACACUGAUGGAACACUCUAAUAGCUCUGUACAUUCCAGAGAAACUCUCUCUCUUUCACUGUCUUCAUCUCUGUCUAAUAAGAAAUGGCACGGCACAGUAAACAGAGUAACGGUGAAAGAAACUGCAGUUCAGACAGCUGAUUUUCCAUUCACCUACUGCUGGUCAAAGAUGGAUGGCACAGCAAUCCUUGGGCCAACUGCUGGACACAGCUAUCUGGAUCCAAUACCUGUUGCCAGUCAUGUUGUCAGCAUGGAUAUGGUAGAAGCCCUGACGGCAUACAGUCCUGCUGUGUUUGUUUUAAAUGACACGUUAAAACAGCACUUAAUGCUGACACAGCAGUUUGUAGAAACCUUCCACCAUCUUCAUUUAUCCCUUGUGGAGUCACUGGAGCAUGAGAACUUUCACUAUCACACACUGGAAGAAGCUAAGGAGUACAUCAAGAGCCACAAAUCUCCACCUCUGACAACUGAACAAGCAUUAGAAGAAGUUAAGAAAGUACAAGAACAGUAACUGCUUUGACGGACUUUUCCUAAGUGAAUUUUAACCAAUGUUUUUAGUCACGAGUAGAAUUGCCAGUUACAAGUCUCAAACUGAAGCAAGACUUUUAUGCAACGUGUAGAAAAGGACAAUACCAGUGAGCUGUUUUGUACACAGUGGGUGCAUCUACAUGUGUGCUUUACUGCAGAGUAGACUAAUUUGCUGCGCAGUUAAAUGUCACCAUCUACAUGUGCAGCAGUGCUAGGCCACAGUAAACUAAUCAACUCCGCCAUAAGAUAGUACUGUUAUUUACUGCAGUUAAACACGCGUGUAGAUACUGACUGCAGGUCAGGACCCAGUCAGCCCAGCCAGCCAGGGGCCAGACUCUUGCCUGCUGUCUAGACACAUGGCUCUGCAAUUCAGCACUGUUGUGCCCCAGCAAACCCCUCUGCUGCCACUCGUAGCCCAGGCCUGACCCCCAUGCCUCCUGCCAGCCCAGGCCUGCUCUGCCCUGGCUCAAAUUGCUGUUGUCCCAGGUGCGCAUGUAGACACCAUGCCCAGGAAUAGUUUACUCCAACUCAACCUGCUCCAGAGUUUAUUGCUUCGCAACAAAUUGAACAUAUAGACACACCAAGUGAGAAUUCACCCCAGCUGCAAUUUCUCUUUAGAUACAGAGGUUACAUUCUGUCCCUGGAGACUACCGAUACAAUAGACAUAAAUUACUUUGGUUUUUACUACUAAAAAAUUCAGUGUAAAUUAGCCUUAUGUUAAAGAAAACAGUUAAAACCUAAUGAGCAAACACACAGGUGAGUGUUAAGGGGUAUUAACAGCCUUUGUGUUACAAGUCACAGUAUAACCCAUGUUUAAUAACCCAAACCAAUGGUAUUGAGUGUGAGAAAA